AUGGUGAACUGGAAGGAUCCUGACCUCGAAGCGAAAUUGGAGACACUUUCAGCACAGUUGUUGUAUGCUAUCCUUGGCUUAUACGGCUGGGAAUAUAUAUGCUCUUCACAUGUGGAGAUAGCACUACUUCGGAGGAAGCUUCCAUUUCGAUGGCCUUUGCUCUCGUACAUUGUCGCUAGAUUUAGCUUCUUGAUUGCGACAGUUCUGAUGCUCACCUCGAUUUUAGGCAUGAAUUUAAUCACCAUAGUGAGCACGGGAGCUCCGAAGUUGCUGUUUGCGACAAACGCCGCCAUCGGUUGCUCCACAACAAAUCUGAUGAUCAGAACGUGGCUUAUCUGGAAAACCAGUUACCUGCUGCGGCUCUUGCUAGUCCUCCUCUCACUAGGUCAUUGGACAAUGCUCACUCUCUUCCUUGUAACCACUCAUGCAUCCACUAGAAACGGGGUGUGCAUAAUCAGCUUUGUCAAACCUGCAUAUACUAGUGCGGUGAUCAUAUAUAGCAUGUUGUAUGAUUUGGCACUUUUGGUCUUUACAGUCAUCGGACUCUUGAGGAUGCCAUCAUCUUCUACGCUGUGGAAGAUGCUUCUGAAACAAGGGGUGAUAUAUUUCAUCCUCAAUUUAGUAGCAAAAGUUAUCCUACUGGUGUGUUCCUGGACCUUGAUGCUCCACAGGGUUGUCGCAGACCAAACUUUGUAG